AUGGGCGAAAUCAUAAAUCCAGUUCGCGAUUCAAGCUCGAUUCUCUUCGAUUUCGUCCUUAAGAAUCUCGAUUCUCAUCUCUCCUUCUUCGAGUAUCGCAUGAUGAGUUCGGGUUGUGAGGAUUCGUCUGUGAAUACGAUGGGAAUUCGUGGUAUCCCGGAGCAAUGCGGCUGUGGUCGAAGAACUGGGAUAUACACAUCAAAAACGAAGGUCAAUCCAGGAAUAACUUUCUUUAGAUGCCCAACGUUUCAAAAUGAUCACUUGUAUAAAUGGGUAGAUGAAUCUGUCUACGAAGAGGUUCAAGAGCAUUGCCAAAAGUUGAAUGCUUUGCAUCAGAUGUUAUGA